AAAUGGCGACCCUUCGCUGCCUCAGCGGGGUGGGCCCCCACCCUCGCUCUUGCGCGCUACGCUUCCUUCGACCCCGCCCGGGGCCCGUCCAUGCCUGAGGUCGCCAAAGCCCUCAAGGAGGAGAAGAAGGACAAAAAGCAGAAGCCCCAUGCCUCGCGCGAGCCUUGUGUCGCGCUCGACCCUCCCACGGGUGGCGCUGCGAGUGCUAGCCAUGCUCAUCUACAGUUGCCUGGGGUUGGCGGUGGCAGCGCCGUGGACCUCGACAACCAUCAGAACCAGUCUCUCCGUGCCGAAGUUCGUCGCUUGGUCACCUCUGAGGUCAUCGCCGCCACCGGCGCCAAGCUUGACACGCUCUCCGAGUCCAUCACAGACAAGUUGGCGUCCAAGGUUGUCGCCUCCGUGGCCGACGCGCUCGCCCCAACCCUCGCCAAGCUUGACGUGGUCCGCGAAGGCUGGGCGCAGGUCCCCGCUCUGGCCGAGAAACCGCUCUGCACGAAGGCGCAGGAAACCGUCGCCAUGCAGUUCAAACGUUGCCAACAGCAGCUCGGCGAAUUCGGCUCCCGCAUGCAGGAGCAUCCCGUCACCCCCGAUGAGUACGAGGCUGCUAUCUCCGAGCUGCGCCGCGACGUCCAAGCCCUCGAAGGUGAGCUGGUGGUGGCCAAUGACGAGGCCCAAACCGUGGACAUCUCGAACUCUGGCUUCGACCGCGAAGUCGGCCCGAGGCUGGUGCGGAUCUGCGCCGUUGCCCCCCGCCCCCGAUUCGACCGUCAAGCAGCUGGCUGGCGGCCCCUUCAGCGACGUCGGCGUCGCUGCUGACAAGCACACUGACAGUUCCAUUGGCCAGCACUUUAAGGUUUUGGUUUCGGGCCCCCUCGUGUUUGCCUCGCGCCUGCGCAAGGAUGGGAGCUGGCGGCAUUUCGCCGUGGACCUUCCUGAUGGAGUUGCGGCAAGGCUCCAUUUCGGGCCCGAUCAGUCCCCGCGCCAGAUCGCCAACGAGGUCCUCGGCAAGGAGAUCAACCACGGGCCCACCCAGAAGUAUGGCGGCACAUGGUUCUUCGACCGCGAGCGCGCGGUCCACUGCUCGCGGGCCUGGUCGGCUGAUGGAAUAAGGGGGAGAGGCAAGCUAGGUGCGCUGGCGCCACAGCUGACAUCCGACUCCUCCCUCCCAUCCCUCCCCGCUGCGCCGUUUUUGCUCUGCCCGCGGACGCGCGUCACACCCGAC